AGUGAUCCUCCUCCAACACUCUCUCCAACAGCCCAACGCCGCCGCACACGUUGACGCGCGAUGGGCUCCAACGACUUCUAUAUCCGCUAUUAUGUCGGCCACAAAGGCAAAUUUGGACACGAAUUCCUUGAGUUUGAGUUUAGACCAGAUGGCAAGCUUCGAUAUGCCAACAACUCCAACUACAAGAAUGAUGUUAUGAUCCGUAAAGAGGCAUAUGUUCAUAGAUGUGUCAUGGAAGAGCUCAAGAGAAUCAUUGAUGACUCGGAGAUCAUGCAGGAAGAUGACGCACUUUGGCCACAGCCUGACCGUGUGGGCAGGCAGGAGCUAGAGAUUGUCAUUGGUGAUGAACACAUCUCCUUCACUACCUCCAAGAUUGGCUCCCUCGUCGAUGUUAAUAACUCCAAAGACCCAGAUGGUUUGAGAUGCUUCUAUUACCUUGUGCAGGACUUGAAGUGCCUGGUGUUCUCAUUGAUUGGUCUCCACUUUAAGAUCAAGCCCAUUUAAAGAGGAUACAAGCUUGUGACGUCAAAUGGGUUGUCAGCAAUGGAAGACAUAUUUUUGGUCACUUUUAUAACUGUCAGGAAACCCUCCAAACAAAGAAAAAAAAAUAAAGGCACACUUUCUGGCUUUUAAAUAAAGGGUAUGUUCAAAUUUUUACUUUACUUUGUCUUUUCUUUUCUUUUCUUUUUUCAGCAGUCAUAUGCAGUAUGAUUUUUUACUUAAUCAUAUACAAUGUAAGGUUAUCAUAAUAUAAUAUUUAAUUUACAUAUUAAGCAAGUUUUCCUUCUGUUUUAAGACAAAUUUAAGUGAUUGAUUGUUCAAUUCUUUUCAUUAAGAACUUGUAUUAAAAUAAUAACAUAUUUGCCAGUUACUGUUAUUCUCCCAUAACAGCCUUUGCAAAUAUUAUAGGAAAAAUAUUUAUAUUAUUGUAUUUUGAUAUUUUAUAAGGGUUAAAUUUUACAUUAGAUCAGCAUAGGCACAUUUAUUAAGUGUAUAAAAUACAUAUCAGUAUACAUUAUUCAAAAUAAUAUUUACAGACAUCUUGUACCAGCAUAAAAAUGAAAAAAUAUGUCCACUUUGAAUCCAAAUUGUAUAUUUUGUAAGAAUACUCUCCAUGGAAAAUAUAAAAUGACAACUAUACCAUUAGAACUGUACACAUCAGAAAAGCUAAAGCUUACAGAUUAGCUAGAAAAAGAGAGAAGCGUAUUAUUGUGCCUGAGGUAGGAAAGAGGUUAAAAUACUUUUUGUUUUAACUGUUAUAAUAGGACUUCCAUUAGCACAUGUAAUUAAAAAUAAUUGAAAGGACAGAUGCACUGUGCUUAUACUACUUUUGAAAUUAAUUUUGUAAUGCAACAAAAAAAUUAUCUUGUAUUGCUUAAUAAAAAUUCUGUAUAAACUGGUAAAAAUUCCUAAUGCACUACUUGACUGAAUACAAAAGACCUCAAAACCGUUUUUCCACAAUGCAUAGUGAAGAAACAGACUAAGUUUAAGACAAGCAAAGAAUUUACAGAUGAGAAGAAGUUGUGAUGUGUAUUAUAAUCAAAGCAAUUCCAUGAAAAAUAAAAUGUGCUUUACAGAACCCAAA